AUGCCGAUUCCAACAGAGAGACGUGAUUCUUUAUCUGGGAGUGGUUCCACAGUUGAAGAUUUAUCUAGUGGGAACGCUCCUGCUUUGGUCGAUGAUGCAGACAUCCGACUAGCACUAAAUCUCAACAUCUGUCCGGAAUGUCAUAAAGACACAGGAAGGCACCUUUAUGACCACUUGUUCACCGUGCACGGAUACUCGAAAUAUGAUGUCGAGAAAGCGAAACAACAAAAACGCAGAUGGAAGUUAUUUUCGACAGCCAGUCCCUCUUACAUUUGCAACGUAUGCAAUCUUCCCUAUAAAACGAGGAGAGCUCUUCUACAGCACAGAAAGGAGAAGGAACAUUACAGCGAAGAUGGGGAAACGUUACAGCUGAUUUUAUGCCCCUUAUGCGAUGAACAUGUUCAGGAUCAAGAAGAGCUAAUGAAUCACGUCAGCCAUGAA